GGGGAUGACGUCAGCGCGACGGGCGGGCACGAGUCGAGGUUGGGCUCUGAGGGCGGGCCGCGGAUGAUCCUAGGCACCCGGAAGUGAAAUCUGUGGCGCCCACCCUACCUGCACAGUGUGUCUAUGGUGCUCAGGUCCUCCACUUUCACCCAGAGGAAAGCGGACAUUCUGCCCCUGCUUCGUAGUGUGGUCUCGGGACGUCGGGGAGAAGAUUGCGGGAGGAGGGACUCUGCAGAGCGAGGGUCCGGGUUUCGGGAUGUUGCAGACAUAGCGUUUUUCUGAUUUUGAGCUCACCAAAAUUACGGUCCAGUUCUUGACGUGCUCCGCGUCAUGUCCCCUGUCACUGGCACUGAAUAUGUCCGUGGAGUAAUCGUAACCAUAACCUAACUGUGGCUGCUAUUGGUGACCCUAAAGGCCAAGUUUCUCUGUCACCCCAUGGUUUAUAGGGUGUUAACUCUUUGAGGGUAUGCGGGCCUGGCUUAGGUAAAGGAUCAAACCGUAGAAAUCGUGCCUGCUUUUAAGCUUUACUUCAUACCUUUGAUUAUGGUAAGACUGGCUAUAUUUGUAAUUUUCAAUAGCCAAGUAUUAUUAUUGCUGUUUUCUGCUAACUCUACAACUGGUGCGGAUUAAUAGUUUAGUCUUUGGUUUUCAAGCGUCUCAAGAUCUAAGCAAAUAGUUUUAGUUUUUAUUGGUCACUUCUGUUAACUCUGUACAGACAAAUGGGAGUCAGGAUGAGUACAGAAACAAUCUGCUGGACUGCAUUCCGUUGGAGGCCACUGGUGCCCCCACCCCCAUCCUCUGGUUUAGUAGUUCUCAGUUUUUGACUACUUUAGUCAUGACAUUCUACAAAGAACAGUUAGGCCUUAAAGGUUGUUUUGUAAAAUCAGUUCUGGUCAACUCAGGCUUGUAAGUAAAUUUAAAGUAGGUUGGUUGACUCAGGAUAAUUACUUUAAAAAGGAGAAAGUGGAACAACUGGAAGACUGCUGAGAUACCCAGCAGAGUGAGCCAGAUGGGUUUUAAGUUUAAAGGGCAUAGGAUAAAGUAAGACCAGACCAGUGGUUCUGCUUCUUGCUCUGCACAUUACCGAUACUCUAAACAACCCCUGUUGCUGUCCUUGAUGGUUAUCCGUGGUCCUAACAUCUGCACUAUCCUGAGAGCUCUGUUACAACUGAGGCUGCACUUUAACCAGUGGCCUCUUCUGUCCUUUCAUUGUACCAGUCCUCAGCUUCUUUCCACGACACUGUCAAUCUUGUGACUGAGGCUGCACGUUCUCCAAUAAUGCCUCCUGGGCUUUCUUAGAAACUCUUGCCUAAAGGUUCCAAGCCUCAAUUUGUAUUCAUUGCCUCCUCAGUUCUGAGGCCUCCACUCCAACAGGGGCUGCUGUGUUAUCAAUGGCUUUCAGGCAUCUGUGCUGGACUUCAGUCCUGCCAUAUGGUGCCAAACCUCAGCUGCUCCCUGUGAUCCCUUUACUCCUUGAAAACCAGAACCAUAUGGGAAACUCUUAACACAUUACUAAGUUUAGCUACCAGCUUAAGGUACAGCCUUGGCCUCUCUGAACCACAUCAUCCCAGAAGAUUUCACCUCAGCAUUGCUGGUCACUUACUAAUUACAGCUACUUUUGCAACCUCAGCUAACCAGCAUCCUUUGUAAAGGGAAGAUUUUGUUUCAGUGCUGCUGGUCUCCUGUUGACUCUUCAGCCCCAGCUGACUGAGAAGCCACAGAUUCUUAUUCAAGUUAGCCUCUGAAUCAUAAAUGUCACCCUGUUCCCUCACUCAAGCCCAAUCAUUUUAGAAAUCUGUUUUCCUGCUUUGGUCAUUUUUGCUUACCUGUUUCUAAGUUUCACAUUUUUCCCCACAGUGGAGUCUAAUAUGCAAUUACUUUGUUGGUGAGUUUUGUCUAGUUUUCAGAAUACAGAGAAAAGGCAUCUUUCUUAUAUCUACUUUGUGUUUCUUGUUUUAAGUGACUGUCGGGAAGUUGUUGCUGAAGGACCUUUAAAAGAGUCACUGAGUUGAUGGAGAUACCUACUAGUGAUGGAAGUUGUUCAGAGGACCUGCUUUCAUAUCUCAUACGGGAGAGAGGAUCUGACCCACAGUGUGCCACUGAGAAGCACCUCAGCAGGCUCAAGCAAGACAUCACAAAUGCAAAGACGGAGUUGGAAGCAAUGCUGAAGGAAGCUGAAUCGGCAUCCUGUUCAGUCGAAUUACUUCUGCCAUUAUUUAAGAACACUGUGGAAGGAAUAAAUUUAGAAAACACUAAUCUUUCUGCAUCCAAUUUGAAGAAGAUUUUUGAACAGAACGACAUAUUAUCAAAAGAAUUAGACACUUUUAACCGUGUGAAAUUAGCCUUAGAACAUCUUAUUAAACAGACAGACUAUGAACAAGUAGGAGACAGCUCAUCCUGCUUGUUGAAGGAUCUCAGUGACAAUGAGAGUGAGACCAGAAACCUUGAGAAGAAAGUACUUGAAAAGGAGACCUAUAUCCAAGAACUUUCAUGUCUGUUUCAGAAUGAAAAGGAAAGUUCUUUGAAAGCAAACAGGUUUUCUCAGUCAGUCAAAGUAGUACACGAUCGUCUCCAGCUCCAAAUUCAGAAGAGGGACACUGAGAAUGGAAAAUUAAAAGAACAUGUACAGAGUUUGGAAACCCAAAUAGCCAAGUGGACCUUGCAGGUGAAAAUGAGUAAGCAAGAGGCUUUAGCCAUCCAAGAAGCAAGCAGGCAAAAGGCCGUAGCUCUGAAAAAAGCCUCAAAAGUGUACAGACAACGGCUGAGACACUUUACAGGGGCUAUCGAGCGCCUUACUUCCCAAAUCAGAGACCAGGAGGCCAAGUUGUCGGAAACAGUUUCAGCUUCCAAUGACUGGAAAAGUCGUUACGAGAAAAUCGCCAUAGAAAAAACUGAACUGGAAGUUCAGAUCGAAACAACGAAAACGCAAAUUGCUAAUCUUUUAGAAGAUUUGAGGAAAAUGGAAACUCAUGGGAAAAAUUCAUGUGAAGAAAUUCUUAGAAAACUUCACUCACUGGAAGAUGAAAAUGAAGCCCUAAAUAUGGAGAAUGUGAAAUUAAAGAGUACACUUGAUGCCUUGAAGGAUGAAGUUGCUUCUGUUGAAAAUGAACUUGUAGAACUGCAAGAAGUAGAAAAACGACAGAAAACCCUCGUUGAAGGAUACAGAACUCAGGUACAAAAGUUGCAAGAAGCAGCUGAAAUGGUGAAAAGCAAAUGUAAAAAUUUACUACAUGAAAAUAACCUAAUAAUAAUUAAAAAAAACAAGAAGUUAGAGGAGAUGAGAGGCCAGGUGGAGUCUCAGCUGGAGCAGGUAGAGCAAGCCCGCGACUCCUUCGCGUCAGCGGAACAGAGACUUCAGGAGUGUCAGGAGGAUCUGCAGCGCUGCAAGGAAAAGUGUGCAGAGCAGGCGCUCACCGUUAGGGAGCUUCAGGGCCAGGUUGAUGGAAACCAUAGCCUUCUGACCAAGCUUUCUCUUGAGGAGGAAAAUCAUCUCAUUCAGAUAAAGUGUGAGAACCUUAAAGAGAAAUUAGAGCAGAUAGACGCAGAGAAUAAAGAGCUUGAGAAGAAGCUGGCUGACCAAGAGGAGCAUCUCAAGCACAGUGACCUGGAACUGAAGGAGAAGGCUGCAGAAUACACAGCACUGUCCAGGCAACUGGAAGCUGCUUUGGAGGAAGGAAGACAAAAGGUUUCUGAAGAGGUAGAGAAAAUGUCAUCUAGAGAGAGGGCUUUACAAAUUAAAAUAUUAGAUCUGGAAACUGAGCUUAGAAAGAAAAAUGAAGAACAAAAUCAACUUGUUGGCAAAAUGAGCACUAGAUCCCAGCAUCAGGAUAUAUGCUUGAAAGAAAUACAGCACAGUCUCGAAAAGUCAGAGACUCAAAAUGAGAGCAUGAAGAAUUACUUGCAGUUUCUUCAAAUUUCCUAUGUAACGAUGUUUAGAUAAAUUGUUGAAUUCCUCUGAUUGUUAUACUUUGUAAUUUAUAAACUAGUAGAAUUAGAAUUUAUAUGUGAAGAUACUUGAAACAUAAUUUAUUAUUUAAUUGAACUUUAUAGCUCUUACUAUUCCUUUGUGGUAGAUAAUUUGCAUUGAAGUCUGGUUUCAUUCUUUUUUAAAAAUAUAUUAAUUUUUAAAGUAUUUUCCCCUUAUAUGCAAAAAAUCAGAAUUAUUCUUAUGAACCAGUGAAGUAAAUUUGUAACAAAUCUAGGCCAAUUAUGAGCCAAAUACAUGGCUUUAAAUAAUGUAUUUACUUGUUUUAUAUUGUAAUGCUAUAUAAAUAAAAUAUUAAGAAAUUUAA